AUGAGUUGAGGUCACCCGAUUGAACCAACCUAAUUUGUCUCAAUAGUCAUGAUGCGUGCUAACAUCGAAAAAUACGAUAGCUUCCUCUCAAGCCUGUGUGCAUCAUCGGCUAGCACAUGGACCGAAGCUCAGGAAUCUGCGUUGCUCGAGCCCUACACCUACAUCACUGCCAACCCAGGGAAGAAGGUCUCAGACAAGCUUAUCGAAGGCUUCAACCUCUGGCUUAAUGUCCCCAAAGACAAGCUUGCGGUCAUCAUCCGUGUUGCCGCUCUUCUCCAUAAUGCCACUCUCUUGGUAGACGACAUUGAAGACGACUCUCAGCUGAGACGUGGGAUUCCAGCGGUUGUUGAUAUCUUCCAGUCGCGCAUAAAAUAUAUGGUAUCCCCCCAGACCAUCAAUACCGCCAAUUACAUCUACUUCCUAGCGUGUCAGGAGUUGUCUGCUCUGAGACCCACAAAGCGGCGUCGCGCUUGUGAUUCAAGUGCAAGUCCAGACAGUAGGCUUAGGGACAACAGUCCCACCGCCGAGAGGCCUAAUUUCCCUAAACGCCUCAUUUCCGAUCAUGACCUGGACCGUGUAGUGAGUGAUGAACUCGUGUCACUGCAUCAUGGGCAGGGCUUGGACAUCCUCUGGCGUGAUACCCUCCGCUGUCCCACAGAAGACGAGUACAAGCGGGGGGGUCUUGUCAGGACUGCUGUCAAAGUCAUGAUGGCAUGUGCUACGACAAACACGAACGUUGACUACAUCCCUUUGUGCAAUCUCAUUAUGGUUUAUUACCAAAUACGUGACGACUACAUGAAUCUCCAGAGCGAUCAGUACAUGAACAACAAGGGCUUUGCAGAUGAUCUAUCUGAAGGAAAAUUCUCCUUCCCUAUUGUUCAUGGCAUCCUUGAACAGCCUGAAAAUCAACUGAUCAUGAAUGUCCUGCAAAAACGCCCCAAGACUCCUACCCUCAAGCAUCACGCUAUCGAGUAUCUCAGAAACACCACCAAGUCGUUUGAUUACACCCUAGCAGUGCUCAAAAAGUUGGAGCAACAAGCUAGGAGAGAACUCGAGAGACUUGGUGGAAACCCGAUGUUAUCUGCACUUUUGGACAAGCUUCAUGUUGAUACAUGAAACAUUAUGCCCUUCUUCAUACUGUAUUGUCAUGGCUUAGUCGAUCCCCGCGGAUGUCCAGAUCAUGUGUGCCUGUUACUGCCAGUAGUAGUAUGUACUAUGUAGAUUCGAAGACUCGGUGGCCUCGAAUAUUUGAUUGUGUUUCAGUUAU